AUUUUAAUCAAAUAUUCAUGUUUUUACAAUAUUUUCUCUUAUUUCUCUAUUUACUUAUUCUCUUACAAUGCAUUGUCAUUAUAAUUUUAUGUCGAUAGUUUAUAUUAUUGUAUUAAUUUAAUGAUCAAACAGCCUAUUAUUUAUGGAAUCCAUUUUCAUCUUCUGUCAGAUCUGAUCUCUUCAAAUGCAAAUGAUUAAUUAUCUAUGCUUCUUAGGCAGGUUACGCAAAAUCUACUUCACUAGCCGUAUCAAAAAAUUCACAUUUACUAGAUCUAAUUAAUUCGAAAGCGUCGAUUGAUGUCUCUUUGAGCAUGGAAUUGCAAGUUUCUCCUGUCAAUGAGGAGACCGUAUUCUCCAAAUUGAAAAAGAAGCGAAUUCAAAAAUUAAACGGUCCAGACUCACCUCUUUAUAAAGUUAUCUGGCCAUUUAUCUACAUUGCGCGAGUGUUUGGCUUCGCUCCUUACAACUUUUCGCAGGAUCGUAUAAUGCCGUCGAACAUCAAUCUGAUCUUCACGAUGAUCGCCACUAUUUUUUAUAGCUAUGCAUUGUACGAAGUAUGCGUGAAGUUUACGAAUAUUAAAAGAGAUAUCCCUGUCCUCGGACAACUGGAAGAUGUAAAGGUGCUUAUUAACUACAGCGUGGUGAUGUACGAAGUGGGCUUGACGAUGUUUACGAGAAAUAGCUUUGUUAGGAUUUGGGCUGCUUUACAGGAUUACGACGAAAGUGUUAGGCAACUUGGCUAUUCUCGCAAAGAGACGUGGACCGCGAUUGUUGCGUGGUUCUUCGUAAUUGUGACUACGGUCAUCUGGAUCGUCAUCAAUCGAUCGGGAAUGUACGCUUUCAUGGAGUCAUGGUUUCAUAAUGUGAGAUAUAUGCUGCCUUAUCUCGGCACAUUGGUAUCUGUCUACAAAUUCGUGGCGGUAGUUAUGUUUCUAGGCCAACGCUUUCGUCACCUUAACGCAAUUGCGCUACAAAAUUUGCCGCCGGUGACAGGCAGAGGAACCGUUACUGUUAGCAAAAAGGUUGGUUUUAUUUAACUCUUUUAAGAAGA